GCGGGUUCGGGGGCGGGGCCGGGCCGCGGGCCACCCCGCGCCGCUCCGCCGGGUCCGCUGCGCGCGGUGCGGGUCCUGCGCGGAGCAGAGCGGGACGGAGCGGAGCGGAGCGGGACGGAGCGGAGCGGAGCGGAGCAGAGCGCUGCCGGACGGGGCCCCGCGCAGGAUCCGCAGGGCUGUCUUGGGUGAAGAACUUGCUGAUCUGGUGGUGACCCGUCUCAGCAGGCCCUGGCGGGACCCGGCGGUGGCCGCGCACCGUGCUGUGUUCAGCCGCCGAGGCCACAUGAACGUUUUGCCCGUUGGCGGGCUCCCGGCGUCUUCAGAGGUACAGGCUCCCGGCACCUCUCCAGCCUCAAUGAGCUGCCGAGAGAGCGAGUAUUUGGAUGAGCACAGGAAGUGCGUCCCGUGCAGAACUUGUAUGCCUGGGCAGGAGCUUUCCAAGGAUUGUGGUGAUGGUGGAGGGGGGGAUGCACAGUGCAUCGCUUGCCCUCCCAGGAAGUUUAAGGAUAGCUGGGGACAUCAUGGCUGCAAACCCUGUCUGUCCUGCACCCUCAUCAACCGUGUCCAGAAGUCCAACUGCACAGCGACCACCAACGCGGUCUGCGGGGAAUGCCUGCCGGGGUUCUACCGUAAGGCCCGGAUCAGCGGGCAGCUCGACUGGGAGUGCAUCCCGUGCACCAAGCAGACGCCCUCCUCCGAGCCUCAGUGUCGGUCCAGAACAAACCUGGUGAAGGUAGCUGUCCCCACUGUGCCACCACAGGACACGGCCCUUCUUGCACUGACCAGCAGUGCCCUGGUCAUCAUUGUACUGGUACUUCUGGCACUGUCCAUCAUCUACUGCAAGCGUUUUUGGAAGAGCCAGUGCCAGCGAGCCUUCCUGAGGACUCAGAAUUUCUCAAGCCAGCGAGCAAUGUUCCCAGCCUCAGCUGCGCCCGGCAGAUUUCUGUGUGAAGAACAGAUGUCUGGUCCCUGCUGCCUGGGCGUGAAGAACCUGAGCCCCUGCUACAGGCAGGCAGAAGGCCCAGUGGAAGCAGUUCAGUUCAUAUCAGAUGGAGAAGCCAUUGGUCUUCAACUCCCGGCUCUCCAGCCUGAGCUGGAGUUGCCUCAGGCGACUGCCGUCAGCCCUGCUCCCAAAUCCCAGCUGGUGAGGAGCAUGCUGGAAACUCAGCCCCUGAUCAGGAACUCAGGCUGCAACGACUGCUUGGCGGGGGGCUUGUCUCCCUCUGACUUCAGGCAGGGCCCAGCCGGGGUGGCGGAGGCCCUGGCCCCCCUUUCGUCGUGCGCCUCAGAAAUGCAACACAAGUGGCCCCAUGCCCCGGUGGAGUGUACGGAGCUCGAUCUGCAGAAGUUCUCCACCCAGAUGGACUUUGUGGGCAAUGAAAGGUCAGAGGAUGCAGUGAGCCGGGUGGCUCAGAGAAUCCCGAAAGAGAACAACGGUGGAGUACUUGAAGCAAAGAAUGGGCUCGUUUUGGAUCCGACAAGGGGCCUGUCCUCGGCCUUCCAAAAUCCUGCUGCUGAAAGGGGGGAGCAACCAGUGAAUGAUGCCCAGAGCCUUGUGACUCAGAUCAGCAGCACUACAAAGGGUCUCCUAGUAGCAGAGCUGCCCCAUUCCUUGGUGCAGUCACUUGCCUUCUUGCUAGACCCUUCCUUGAAUGGCGUGAAGAAUUUCAGCCACGUGGCACUGGAGCUGGGGGUCACUCCCCAACUGUUGGGAAGGAUACCUGGAUUUGAGCAACUCGUCGCUCACUUCACCUGCUCGGGAGACACUGUCACCGUUCCUGUCCUGGCCCAAGCUCUGCAGCGACUGCAGCGGUUCGAUGCCUUGCUCCUGCUGUGUGAUCACUUUGCUCUCAGCCAGAUUCAGGGCCGCCAGUGCUAAGAGGAGGCAGGGAAGGGACAGAGGAAGCUCCAGGCACUGUCUUUACUGGUAGGGGAGAGGAUCUGGUAGCACCGUGGUCACAUAAUCUCUUCAGUGUGCAUGUGGUGAUUAUGUGGAGAUGGUCUUUGCGUCAUGGAAUAGAAGCACGUGAGCAGGAGCAUCCCUCCUGGGAGGAGAGCAGAGGCGUGCUGGGGAGGUGACAACGUCAUGUAUCCUCACAGCCUUCACCUCUGCCCUUGUGGGCAGUUGUGAGGUUUUUCUCAGGCCCCUCCGGAAUCCAUUUUUCUUCAGCUGUAUUUACAUUCUUGUCCAGAAACUGAGUGGCCUCACAGUUGCUGUGCUGUCUGCUCUGUGGAUUGGUGAUGGUGUGUAAUAUUCUUUGCAAAUCGUUAGCCUUGUAGGCGUUGUGGUUAUUUCUGUAAGGUUCCUCAGCCGCGUUUGGUGCUGGGGUUUGGUGUUUGUGGGCAGCCCUUGAGCUGUCUCUGCUUUGGUGAUGGAACAAUUCUUCAGGUGCUGUACAGGAGGGUCCUAAGGUAUCUUCCACUUUAAUGGCACUGGGUGUUGGCUUCUGCUCCUCAGUUGUUUGCAGCUUUCUUACAGGCCCAACAAUCACUUCUUUCCCAUUCCAGCUUUUCAGAUGUUGGACCUUCUUCAUUUGGCCAAUACUGUGGUUUUUUGGGUUCGCGUUGCCACUUUCUGAGUUUACUUUUUGUUUGUUUCUUCCUCUGUGCACAGUUCUUGGAGGAGAACCUGUCUGGCCAUUACUUCUGUGGCAGAGGGGGUUAGGUAUUCAGUUUGUGUGCCACCCCAAAAUGUGGCAUGUUUAUUCCAUUUCCCUUUCGUGAAAUGGUACGGUUUUCUUGAAGGAGUUUUGGACUGAGCAUCAGGAUUUUUAGAUAUAAAUUCUUCUUAAAGUUUCAUGCUGUAUUGCUCUCAGCCGGGGUAGCAAUUUGCUCACUUCCCCCGUCUCUGCUCUGGUGUGUCGCCUCUGCUAGCAGCCUGCUUGCGGUGGAUGAGGUUUUGAGAACUGAGGCUGCGGUGAAACGUUGGGGUAGCACAGGCAGGGCCACUUCCACCGAGUUCUGCAGGUGCCCGUGGAGGCGGCUGGAGGCUUGUGACUAGAAAGCAGUUGGUGUCACGCCAGCACCAGGCGCUUACGGAUUUAGCUGAGGACUGAAAGUCCUUACCGCAGCUUCGUCACAGGGAGCACUAAAGUCACUGUGCCAAUAACGGCAGGGCAGGCUUGUUUUAAAAUGACCUUUUUCUGCCUAGAAAUGAUGUAAUUUUCUGGUCUCCGAGAGUGCCUGUAGUGGAGGGGAACACCCUUCCGAACUUUAGCUGUUCUUGGAGGAUCUGUCAGAGCUUGCAGCAGUUUGGCCCGCGCUAGACUCCCCCGUGUUCUUGGAUGUCGUCCCCUGGGGCAGAUUCCAAGGCUGGUGCCUGCAGGUUGCCGGGCGAUUGCAUGAAGCUGCCACCGGCUUCUGGGUUUCCUGUGUUAAGCAGGGUUUUCCUGGGCAGUCUGGCGGGUUGGGUUUGCGGGAUGUGGUGGCGUAUGAAGCGACCAGAGUCAGUCGGGAGGCUGGGGAGAAGCUGCCGCGAGGAAGCUCUGCGCUGACGGACAGCAGCAGUGUCAACGCGGGCCUCUCGCCCCGGUAUUUUUGUCGGGGCAAAUACCCGAGCAGAAAUGAGGCACGCCCCGCAGCGCCCGGGGAGAGGCCGUGCGGAGGCGGGCAGGAAUCCGGAGCUGGCGACCAGCUGCAGGAAGCUCUCCGGCGGCAGAGACGCGUCCCGGGCUCCUCCGCGCCGGCGCCCGCUCGACCGGGGGAUUCCUUUCGCGCUGAGGUCAUUGCAGCGGCGACUGCCCCGGAGCGCCGGGCUGGGGACGCUGAAUUCGGUGUCCCCAGAAUCUCCGCAAACCACCUUUAGGUGGCAACCGACAAGUAUCUUUCAGACUGUCACCGAGGCUUCCCGGGCUGAAGCGUUUCGUGGUGUCUGGCCCUAAGCCGGCAGCCGCGGGCAGCGAGGCUCCUUUCCAGUACCCGCGGGGAGCGCGAGCUGGUUCGGCUGGUGGCUGGCGGGGGAAGGCAGCGGGUUCGGAUCCCCUGGGGCUGUUGGGAAACACCAUGCCGAUUCUGAGGACAGGGCUGCUCUGCAGUGACUAAGAGCGAGCGUAGGGUCCGUAGGGUCAUACCGGCACUGGAUGCCCAGGUUACCUUCGCUGUGACGUGGGCGAGAAAGCUGCGGAUGGGGUAUUGUCACGCUUCAGCUUUCUCUGGUCAGGACAAGAGGACACGGGCGGAGAGACUGGUGCCUUCAGGGAAGAGCGAGCAGGAGGUUUCAGCGCCCCGAACUCCUCAGCAGAGGGGCUAAGCGAUAGCGAAGCAGCACCGGGGUGUUGCUCUGGGGUGCUGCUUUCGUAGCAUCCCUCCCGUUAGUGCAAGCUGUGCUGUCCCCCAGUAGCGGAGGUCGCUUCUCCACCGCCCGUCCUCGCGCAGGGUCGGCGUUUGCCCGCAGAGCUGCGUGGCUUUGGGCCCUGUCGCCUCUGGCUGCGCGUGCCGUGCGGCGGUUAGGGCGGAGGGACGUUUUCCACCUCCUGAGCAGUCGGAGCUGAGCCGGCGCGAGGAGCAGAGCGGCGGGGAGAUCCCGAGGGCCGGAGGGGCCCCACCGCUGGCCGUGGUGAGCCGCUGAGCUGGGUGAGCGUGUCCCCCUCGGCCAUGGGCCCUCUGGCCUCUGAAGGAAGCCGGGAGCCCCGCUCCCUCCAGCAGCGCCCUCGGAGAGACGGUGCUUGCUUGAGCAGCACCACGUCUGAUCCCGGCUAAAAUCCAACUGCCUUCAAAUCGGUGGGUCAGGCCUUAACCUCUGCCGUGACGCACUGGGGAGGGGAGCAGGCUCGGCUCGCUUCUCCCUCUCUUCCCGAGCCACUUCUUGCCUCCCGGGUCUCCCUCCCUGCCUGCCUUUUCCUCCUCUCCGCCCCUUCCCGUCCCCUGGCCUGGUUUGCGGACAGGCCCCGCUGCGGGUCGCGCCCAGGCCCAGCGGCACCUGCGCUUCCCCGGGCCGCUGUCUUACCGGGGCCUGGUCCGCGGGGCCGGCUGCCCGAAACCGCGCCCGGCGCUGGGCUGGGUGGAAAACGCCAGUGUUUUUAAAUCCUAAAAUCCUAUUUUUAAGUCCGCGGGGUCCGCGGCCCGGCCGCCGGCCAGGGCGCUGCUCCCCUCCGUGCCGCGGCGGGACGCUGGAGCCGGGCCGUGCCGGGCCGCGGGCUUCGCCCCUUAUCUGACCGGGGCACUCGGAAAAAGCCGGCGGCCUUCUGGGAAGGCAGCGCUUCCUUCAGAUCUGCCGGAGCCCGGGUAUUAAUAGCCGCUUUGUUUCUUUUUCCCGUUAAAAGCUGCUGAGACUCGAGCGCGCUCAGGAUGUGGCCAGAUAACGCGGCGGCAUGGACUGUUUCAGCGGGACGUGACACCGUCCCUGCUCUUUCUUCCAAAGCCAAGGUCGUCUCGCUGCUCCUCGCUCUGCAAGGAGCAGGGGGGCUGCUGCGUCCUCUGCCCGUUGUAGGCUGGGGCCGGUCGAGCUCUCGUUGCGUGCUUGGUCAUUAAAAGUGUUUGAGGAGCAAAUGCAGGCUGGGGUUAGAGCCUCUUGUGUGCGGUUUAUCUGCGGCAGGGAGAGAGAGUUGGAAUUGAUAAUGCAGCAAAAUCAAUUAAAUAUUUAAGCUCUCCGUGGGCACGCUUACUCGCUUCCAACAGGAAUUAAGAUAAAUUCAAUGCAGGCAUUUAACUCUGGAGAAUUAGUACAACUUAUCUAAUCAGCUGCGGCUUUGAAGUCAAAGCCAGCCUAGGUGGGUUUUCCUGCCUGUCCUAUGUGCACGUGUCGCAAGUGCCAGCGGCGGCAGCCCGGGAGAGCCAAGAGCGACCCUGCUCCGGCCCCGCGCCGGACGCAGCCGAGGGUGUUCGAGGGCCUCUCCCUGCUCGUGUGCUGCAGGCUUGCUGCUGGCUCACGGCUCGUCUGCCCCUCCUGAGCUUGUUGGGCGGUUUUGUUGAUGCAUGGGCUCUGAAAAUUAAAAGGAUUUUUUUUUCUUUCUUUAGAGAAAUCAACCCCAUUCCCGUUAUAGUUUUUAAGUUAAACUACUGUUUUUCAGCUGUUUGGUGUCUGUGCUCCCCGGGGCCGGGGGCUCUCAGCGAGCCCGAGCGCGGCUGUGGCCCUGCAAUGCACACCGGCUCCGUGGGCACCGCCGGGCAGGGGCGAUUUUAGCCCGGUCCAAGAGUUUUUCACUUGUUCUUUGCCGUCAAGAGACAUGGAAAAACAUUGGACAUGGGAAAAACUGACGGUCACAGAGCGGGUGAGCUUGGAUUUCUUUAGCUGGGAACCAGUCGAAUUUAUACUUGACUUUGUUUUUUCUUUUUAAUAGUUUUUCAGCAUGGUAAGUGGAACGAAAGGGAAGGAAAUUCCCGUGGUGCUGAACCGUGCGUUGCAGCCUUGGGAAGCUGCUAAUGCCAGGUAGGCACGGCUCGGAAGGAGCUGGAAGAAAUAAAGUAAUCCAGCAUCUGUGCAACCCGCAGCUGGGAAUGAACGAUGGAAAUACUCUCUUUGCGGUGGGGUUUUUUACAAGUGAUUGUUUUGAUACCGGUCUUGUCUGAUUUAGGGAAAAUUUAUAGGAUAUGUUUAAGUUCAGUCCUGUUCUGGAAAGCUCCUAAGCACACUCUUAACCAUAGGCCAAUAUUAAGUCCUAUUAAAAUGAACAAGCACUGAGUGCGUCCUUGGGUGCUGUUCUCGAACAGGAUGCUUAAGGAAAUUGCACCUGCACGAGCAGGCAGUACUGAAGAAAACUCAGUUUUAAUGAUCUGGGCACACCUAAGUUCUCAGAAAACUCUGCAAGUGUUAGGGGGAAAUGCCCUGGGGGUUUUAGAUUACUUAACUGUACAGAUUCUGGUGCUUUUCUUUAAAAACAAUAAAAAAAAUGUAGCCGUGGUUUACCCAUGGUAAAUACGUGGUAUUUUUUAUGGUGGAUGUUAUUUUUCUCCUAAGGUUGCAAAUAGGUUAUUUAUAUUUUUGUAAACCCUGUGUCGUUAGCGUUGUAAUUCUGCACUGUAGCCGUUCCGGUGUUACUUGGAGAGCUGUCCGUGUUCGGACCACGUAACCGGAGCGGCCGACGCUCCCGCGCGGCCGGGCGCCCGGAGCUCCCGCACUCCUCCCCGGGGCCGCGCGGAGCGGUGUGGAGCGGUGCUGUGUGGUUGUAGUUCAAUAAAUUUCACAAUCAGAGGUGA